GUAAGGUACAUAUGCACUACGGCGUAGGUGUACAUGUAGGUAGCAGGUGUAGGUACAGUGCCGUAUAAUCGUAAACUCCGAUAGGCCAAUAACCAGCCCCCUAGACCUCCCUAGACCCCACUUCCCGACUUCAAAUAUUGAAAUAUCGAUUCCCAAUAUUUUAAACAUUUACAAACACACACAUUUGUGUGCCCAAAAUCAGCCUCGACCCAACACGAAGGCAGAAGUGGAUCGAUCGAUCCUACAUGUACAUCGAUGUUAGGUUGAAAGAAGUAGCUAAGCGGUGAAGACUCCCAUUCGAACGCCUUCUUCGGGAUUGGGCAGGAAACGCGGGAUGCGAGUUGCCAGUAUGCACGUGGCCAGCCGCAGUUGACAACCAGAAAAUUUUCAAUUUCUCUUUUCUCCAAGAAACCUACCGGCCUAUCCAAGAGCUGAUCGUGUUGUGUCACGAUGCAUUACAUCCGCCUGCUACGUCCGGCAAAGCUCGACGGCAGGAAACCAAUCGUCUCCCUCCUCAUUACCAUCACCACGGACUUGGGUGACUCAUUCCUCUACCCGGAUGAGCCAGUCGAUCUGCUUGUCUCGGCCGACGACCCGGUCGGUCAGUCCGUUCUUCAGAAGGCGGCCCAGCACCAACCGCUUAGGUGGACUGCGGGCAUGCGGGUUCUGGAUAUCAAAGUUCCUCUGAAUGCGCGUCUGAAGAGAGAUGAUGUCAGGUGUACCAUCAAGAUACAUCCGGCCACCCAGCCUCUGCCGUUGGGGGCGUUGAGAAGUAACGAUGUACUACCGUGGCGUAUCAGCGAAAGGUCUUCCGUGAGUCAGGGGCUCAUCAUGCCGGUAUCCGUGGAGAUGGUGGGGGGUGUUUGCUCGCCGGUCGCGUUACGAACGCUUCAAUUAAACACCUGUUCUCAGCCUGAGGAUCAAUUAAACCUUGACUUGGAAGAGGAUAUUGGCGAGAGUAUCGCGCGACAUAUAUGGGAUGCGGGCGUAGUAACAGCCUCUUUUCUUGCAGACGCCUGCCGUACUAGCGACGGUAUCCGUGCCGUUCUGCCGAUGGAACGUGGCGCUUUUAGCGUGUUAGAACUUGGGAGUGGCGUCGGUAUCCUUGGGGUCACAUUGGCGCUCAUCAUUCAGAAGGCUGCCACUGUUCAGGGGCGAACGCUUAAUGAAGCUACCGUAUUGCUGACAGACUUGGCAGAGGCUGAAGAACGCGCAAGGUCGAAUAUUUCGAGAUCAGAUGCGGUACUCUCUCGCUCACACACAUUUAGUUCGACGGUGACACUCGAGUAUGAGAACUUAGAUUGGGACGAGGGUAAGCUCGGACGGUUUGGGUCCCUAGCAUCUGCUCGCCCUUGGGACUUAGUUAUCCUCAGUGACUGCACAUAUAACGUCGACUCGUUACCGGCGCUUGUCGGUACACUAAGUGCACUCCAUACAGCAAAUCUCAAGUAUGCUGAGGAUCAGGCAUUUACUAAGACCUCAGUCAUAUUGGCGACGAAGCCUCGUCAUUCUUCUGAGCAAGCCUUGUUUGGGUUGUUGAAAGCUGAUGAUUGGAGAUAUAGUGUUCUCAAAUCCAUUCCUCUGCCAAGGCUGGGCGAAGAUGAUGAGGUAGUUGAUAUAUAUCUGUUAGAGAAGGGCGACGGAAAUACAUAACCUUCCAAACAUUCUGCUGCUCCAAAUUCUCGAUACAACUUGAACGUGAGGAUGGCUAGACUAGGUAGCCCUAGCAAAUUAGCAGCGUAGUAUUGAAGGCUGAAGGUAUGAUACACUGCACUUCAGGGCCUCUUCCGGGCCUAUCUACGCUCACACCUAGCUCAUAUACAGACUGGUAC